AUGGGUAAUCUAUUAGCGGAAAACUCAAAGGCCAUCGCUAUAUCAUCUUUAGGUCUAUAUGCUGGUCUACUGACAUCGUCAACUGCUAUUACAAGUAUAGCUCCAUUGAGUGUAAUCAAACGUAGCUUAACUCAUGUGUGGUGUACGUACGGUGUUGCUGGUAGUGCUUUAGUAACUUCAUCGACGGCGGCAUUUGGAUUAUGUUACUAUAUAUCUGCAGAGAAUGCCAAGGAUUAUCUAUCUUUGAUUGGUGCAGCAGUUGGACCUCUAACAUAUUCCAUGAUAUAUUUAAGUUCAUUAAUUAAAUUUGAUUACAAACCCAAACAAUCAGUCCCUAAUUUACCUCCAAAUCACCCAAGUGUAAUUGGUGAUGAUGGUGAAAUAAAGAAAUGUCCAUUCGGAAAUGGUGAGGAAAGCAAGGAUGGCUCAAGUUCAUCUUUUGAAGAUAGUUGCGGUUCGGGAUUUUUAACACCAAUUAAUAUCAAUUUAGCUAUAGUUUCAACUAUUAGUGUUGCUAGCUUUAUAAAAAUUGUUUUUUCAAAUGUAUCUUCUCAUUAA